GCGCCAAGGGCACCGUUCUGACAAACUUCGGUCGUAAGAAUCCAAACAGUUGGCUAGCCAGGCCGGGAGUUCCGCCUGGCCGUCAACCUGAAUGCAUUCUCCCGCUGAAAAGUGAGGAGUAGUAACGCCGAGCAUGUCAUACCAAAUGGUUGGCCGUGGUUGAAUGCCAGAAACCGGCCCAGGCAUCUACAGUCCCAUCCCGCCUUCGACUGGGAGCCAGCGCCGUGCAUCGAUAUAUCAAUAUCCACAUACAGAUAUGCAGGCGGGUGAAUCCAUCAAGAUGCUUGCUGUGCGGGGGUUGAUUGCCGCACGGGCAGCAAUCCGAUUUGCCCGUCGCGAUACCUCCGCAUGAGUGGGGCAUGUCCCUAUCGGUCUUUAUCGGUCCCAGCCCGUCAACGAACACCAACUCCCGACCUGCUCGUGACAAGCACAACCACAUUUCCAUUGCCAACUCUUCCAGCAACUUCAUCAUAUCCACAUACCCGGAGAGGCACGUGGGAAGCAAACAAAACCAUGGCCGAUCACGGCGCCUCCAAGAUUAACCACGACAACCACCUCCUCCUGGACCAACCCCUCCUCCGACUUCCAUACGAGCUACUACGCAAGAAUAUCCGAUCGGCGCACUAUCAUAUCGAGUGGGAUACGAAUGCUGUCAAGGACCUGCUCAAAGAGACCGCCACCAACUCCAUCAACCAGAAAGCAUCCAAACAAGAUGUCGUCAACAACCUUGACCAGAUGCUGGCUAGAAUGCGCGGUCUCAAGAGGAAGUUAAGCACCUAUGCCGAAGAGGAAAAUCGCUUGUACCGCCAGUCGACCGCCAGGGUCGCACACCUUCGAGAGCUAUCCGACGUGCACACCGUCGAAGAUGUCAAAUACGAAGCCUGGUCACGUCAGCGUCUUGACCGCUUGGUAGUCGACUACAUGCUUCGACACGGCUACAAUAAGUCCGCCAACGCCCUUGCCGAGGAGAGAAACAUGCUCGGGCUAGUCGACAUUGAUACAUUUGUUGCCAUGAGCAAGAUCCGGCAAUCUCUCGAGAACGGCAGUGUGCAGGAGGCACUCGUUUGGUGCAACGAAAACAAGAAAGAGCUUCGCAAGAUGCAAUCGAAGCUCGAGUUUGAACUACGUUGCCAACAAUACAUCGAACUCAACCGCAGCUCUUCCCCCAAGCUGGAGGCUAUUAACCAUGCCAAGAAGCACAUUAUGCCCUUUAGCAAGACCUACCCAACAGAGGUCAGCCACAUCGCUGGCUUAUUAGCUUACCGCGCUGACACGCCUCACGAACCCUAUGCCUCUCUCUACAGCUCAGCUCGAUGGAAAAAGCUUGCCGAUUUGUUCACCGACGCCCACCUUAAGCUGCUCGGCCUUCCUCAGUUUCCGCUUUUGCACAUUGCUUUGUCGUCUGGCCUUUCAGCCCUCAAAACGCCAGCUUGCCACAGCAGCCAACAGAACCAGAGCCACCAAGGGCAAAAAUCACACAAGUCAGCUACGCCGGGCCCGGGGCAAGGUGAGGAGCAAGAAUCACGAAGUCAUGGCACGGCAAGUCUACAAACGAGCGUCUGCCCAAUCUGCUCGACUGAGCUCAACGCCCUGGCUCGUAACGUACCAUAUGCCCAUCACAGCAAGAGUCAUUUGCUGGAACAUGACUUGAUGUUGCUGCCAAACGGGAGGGUGUACGGCAAGGCGCAGCUCGACGAAUAUGCGGAAAAGUCACGGCUAGCCGCGGGAGAAGUCAAGGACCUGGUAACGGGAGAGAAAUUUAGGGAGGACGAGUUGAAGAAGGUUUUCAUCACUUGAUAUCUGAGGGGCUGCCAAGUUGCGGAUAAUUUGUCGUGUCGUUUCCGAGUUAUUAGCAUCAUCAUGGCGUUUUGGAGCAGGACUUGUUUUUAAGGGUGAAAGAGUGUAAUGUUUCAGGUACCACGGAACUGUGAGGACGAGGGAGGCCUUUUUGGGACAACAGCAGCGGUGUAUUUGGAAGUACAGUAGAAGCCAAAGAUUGGAGGCACGGUUUUGGCUUAGGAUUUCUGGGUUAGUAGUUGUUCUUGGAAGAGCAUGGUGCUUGUUUACAUAGCGGAGAAUGUGAUGAGUGUAAUUGGUGUUUAUGACAAGACAACGCGAGUAAUUUAUGGGCCAGGUGGGUUU